AAUAACCCGGCUCCAACUUUAUUUAACCGCACGUUGCGAGGCCAGCAAAAUAUCAGUUGCUUGCCCUUCACCACGAGCUCAAGCAUGCGGAGCUCCAUGGCCUGCAGGUCGCCAACCAUGGCGUUGGCAAUGCUGCUCGUCUCUGCUCUAUUCUUCGUCACCUCGCAUGCUUCCCUUCCUAUCCCUAUCCAAGCUGCCGCCGACGACUUCCUCCGGUGCAUGUCGGCGUCCGUCCCCGGCAACCUUCUCUUCCCCCGGAGCUCGCCGUCGUUCGCGUCGGUCCUGGCGUCGUCCGUCCGGAACCCGCGGUUCCUCGGGCCGGCCGUGGUGCGGCCGCUCUGCAUCGUCACGGCGACGAACGCGUCCCACGUCCAGGCCGCCGUCGUGUGCGGCCGCCGGCACGGCGUGCGCCUCCGCGUGCGCAGCGGCGGGCACGACUACGAGGGCCUCUCGUUCCGGUCCGCGCGCCCCGAGGAGUUCGCCGUGGUCGACCUGGCCGCCCUCCGGUCCGUGCGCGUCACCGUGCGGGAGCCGGCCGAGGCGUGGGUGGAGUCCGGCGCCACGCUCGGGGAGCUAUACCACGCUAUCGGGAGAGCGACCGACCGCCACGCGUUCCCGGGGGGCCUCUGCCCGACGGUGGGCGUCGGGGGCCACCUGAGCGGCGGCGGCUUCGGCAUGCUGCUGCGCAAGUACGGGCUCGCCUCCGACCACGUCAUCAACGCCGUGAUGGUCGACGCGGAGGGGCGGCUGCUAGACAAGCAGGCCAUGGGGCGCGACGUGUUCUGGGCCAUCCGUGGCGGCGGCGGCGGGAGCUUCGGCAUCGUGCUGUCGUGGAAGGUGAGGCUGGUGGCCGUGCCGCCGAGGGUGACGGUCUUCACCGUCGUCAAGACGGCCCAGGAGGGCGCCGCGGACCUCCUCGCCAAGUGGCAGGAGGUGGCCCCUGCUCUCCCCGACGACCUGCUGGUGAGGGUGGUCGUCCAGGGGGACAAGGCCAGGUUCCAGGCCCUGUACCUGGGCGGCCGCGACGCGCUGCUGCCGGUGAUGGGCAGCCGGUUCCCGGAGCUGGGCGUGAACCCGACGCACUGCAAGGAGAUGUCGUGGAUCCAGUCGGUGCCCUACAUCUACAUCGGCGAGGCAGCCACCGUGGACGACAUCCUGAACCGGACCGUCGCGAGGGACUCCUCCCCGAGCAAGUCCACGUCCGACUACGUGCGGCGGGCCAUCUCGAGGGAAGUGUGGGCGCGGAUCUUCUCCGACUGGCUGGCGAGGCGGGACGCGGGGCUGAUGAUCCUGGACCCGUACGGCGGGAGCAUCGCGGUCGUGGCGGAGGCGGCGACGCCGUUCUCGCACCGCGCGGGCGUGCUGUACAACGUGCAGUACAUGAACUUCUGGGGCGUGGGCGGCGACGGCGCGGCGCACACGACGUGGAUCAGGGACAUGUACGCGUUCAUGGAGCCGCACGUGAGCAAGAACCCGAGGGAGGCGUACGUGAACUACAGGGACCUGGACAUCGGGCAGAACGUGGUCGGCGCCGGCGACGUCUCGAGCUUCGAGGCCGGCAGGGUCUGGGGGGAGAAGUACUACUCCAAGGCCAACUUCCGGAGGCUCGCCAUGGCCAAGGGGCAGAUCGAUCCCCGCGACUACUUUAGGAGUGAGCAGAGCAUCCCGCCACUUGUUGGCGAGCAGCUGGAGCUGACCUCCUCGAGGAACGUGCCGCACGUUGAUGGCAUGAAUGCUGGUUGGUGGCCAUUGGGAUAUGGGACAGGUAGUGUGGGUUCAGUCCUUAGCUCUGUCUUAUCUAAAUUGAUGCCUAGUUUCUUUUAGACAUAGCUCAUUUUGUUUUACGUAUUUUGUUGUCUUAUUAUCUACGAGUACUGCAUUUGCUAGCGGAAAUAAUGUCUGAAAUUAUGGUUUGUGCUUGAAUAAAACGGAGGGGAUGCAUCCGACCUUGUGCA